GAUGAAUUCAGACAGCGGGAUCUGAUUCGAGAGAGGGAGCUAGUAGGAAAGAAAGACCAUGAGCGAAUGUGGGCCCUUCGAAUGAAGUUCUUGGACCAAUGUAAAAAUUACUUUGGUGUACCAUAUGCUAAGCGCUACCAAACACCAGGAACUCCUGAGUAUGAUGCUCCAUUAUUUUUAGACUGCUGUGGUCUUGUCAGGAGGGUCUUGCUAGAUUUAAAAGGAGAUUUUGGUUUCAAGGUUGAUAGCUGGAACCAAGCCUACCAAUAUGAUACUCUACCUCUUACAAUCACGGAACAAGAGAUGAAACCUGGUGACUUAGUCUUUAUCUCAGGCACCUACUUCAAUGAGAAAUCUAAGAAGCAGAAGCAUGAUAUGGUUCACGUGGAAGUAUGGUUAGGUGAUGGUCCUAAAACAAUUGGAGCACGGUGGCAGAAGGGAAAAGUUCAAAUCUUUGAUUCUUAUCGAUUUGUUUCCAAGUCUUAUCACAGUAUGGUCUACCACUUCAAGUCCAUUGAUACAUGGCUGCAAGGAAUAUGUAAAAGCUACUGUGAUGAACACCCAUGGACUCGAACCAAAUAUAAACCAGGCAAGAAAUCUAUCUUCUCUAUUGAGCGAAAGCGGAAAGAAGAAGAUGAAUUUGAAGAAGCUGCUGAUGCAAGUGAUGCUGAUGAAGAGGAAGAAGAGGAGGUGAAGAAAGAAGAUGAUGGCCAGAUAGUAGCAGAAGCUAUGGAGAAUACUUGUCAUGGCAUCCAUGAAGAGCUGGGGAAUGAUUUAACUUCACUUGAUGAUGAGUUUCCUCUUGAUGAAGAAGAGAAGAAUGAGGGUGAUGAAGUAUUUCAAGGAUCUUAUUACCAUACUGAUUCUCAAAUAAAUGAUUGUCAUCGUGAAGAUGAGAAGAAUAGUGAAUCACAAACACCUGCCUCAACAAAGAUUAUGAAUCAAACUUCAGAAUCUUCCACUACCUUCAAUAAUCCAAAUUCUAACAACAAUAACAGCAACCAAAGUGCUGAUUAUGGUUGCUAUGACAACAACCCAAACAACACGAAUGAAGAGGGAGGUAAAGGAAGAUCUACUUCCUGUUCUUCUGGUGAGCCAGGUGGCUCAGGUAAAGGAAGUAAGACAAGCAAGGAUUCUUCAUGGUCUAAGAAGAAAGAUGGAAGGAAUGAAGAGAGAAGAGGAAGAGGAGGGGGACGUGAGAGGAGGAGCCCUGGUGAGACCAGUGGUAGGAAAUCUGUUAUGCAUCUUGAUACAUCACCAGCAUUCUAUAUUGGUGGAAAUAAUGGAGUAUCAUUGAUUGAAGGAGUAUUAUUGGCAAGAGGUUGGCAUAGAAUGACAGAGAAGCACAGCGAUCAGUUCAGGUUGAAAUGGGUAGAACUUAGAAGUAGCAUCAACUAUAACACAUUCAAACCAGGAGAACAACUUGUGAAUCGCAUCCCUAACUGUGGAGCAAUCCUAGCAACCAAGACUGGCCUCUUUAACACAUUAAGAGAGUAUGAGAGAGUAUGUGAUAGGACAAGAGGUGGAGGUAGAUCUAAAUUUGGUCUCAGACUACAGGAGUUCUUCCCAGAGUCAUACAUCUUGGAUUUAAAAGCUGAUAGAGAUGCAUUCUUUGAGAUUUUUAAAGAAGGUGAGAUUUGGAUCAGCAAACCAAAUGGUAUGAACCAAGGUAAAGGGAUCUAUCUAGUGAGGGAUAUCAGUCUGCUUCAAGAGAGAUACAGAUUACGAGAAGAAGAAGCUGCUUCUAAUAAAGUUAUGCAGAGAAGAACAAGAGUUCAAGCUGCAGGACAGAGACUUAUUCAAAGGUACAUUCCAAAUCCUUUGCUGCUGAAUAACAAGAAGUUUGAUGUUCGUGCCUACAUGCUGAUUGCCUGUACCAAUCCAUUUAUAGUCCUCUUUCAUAAUGGAUAUCUUCGUUUGUCAUGUGAAGACUAUGAUCCUGAGAGCACAGAUAUCACCACACAUCUUACUAACCAGUUCCAGCAGAGGAAGAAUCCUAACUAUCAAGAUAUAAAAGAAGAUACUGUAUGGAGUAUGAAUGCAUUUAAUGAUCAUGUCAAUCAACAUCUGUCAGAAGAUAAAGGUCUUCCUAAGGAUUGGGUUCUAGGAUUCUUCCAGAAACGUAUGUGUCAGAUCAUGAGUCAGUGCUUCCUUGCCUCAAAGAAUAAACUUGAUACAUCAUUGGGAUAUUUUGAUCUUCUAGGAUUUGACUUUCUCCUUGAUGUUGAUAUGAAGAUUUGGUUAUUAGAGAUUAAUGUUAAUCCAGCUCUGCAUACAAACUGUGAGGUUCUCAAGGAGCUACUACCACAAGUUGUUGAAGAAACAUUAGAUAUCGUUAUUGAGAUCCAAGAGAAAGUGAAACGAAAGCAUCCCAUUAUGCCACUUAGCAAGCGUUCACAUUAUCAGGUUCUGUAUGAUGAGACAUCCGGAGGUAGUGUACCUUGUAUGAGACCACCAACACGCAAGGCUAUGUCUAGCAGCUCUUCAGCCAAUGACGGUGUGACAACCUCAAGAACAGCUCGUACUUCACUUAGCCCACAGAAAGCUAUGUUAAAAGAAAAGUCACCCAAACAAGUAGUGACUUCUUCAAGACAACCAUUGACUUCACCAAGACAAGCCAUGACUUCACCAAGACAAGUCAUGUCUUCCUCAAAACAGACAGUGACAUCACCUAGAGUAUCAUCUGCUGUACCGCCUCCCAUUGUGAUGCCGAACAGAGAACCACCAUUACUCCAUAGCAGACAGCUACCUGUUGUUAAGCUUACACUGAGAAAAAAUAUUACUCCUCUGACUCCUCCUGUUUCUCAAAUGUACAAAGAGGGCGCUUUAUUAAAGAAGAGUGAUACUGAAGUGCAGGAAGCAAUGUCCCAAAUGAAUUCUAUUCAUUUGUGAAUGUAGUAUAUUAAUAUCACUUUACCAUUUCUCAAUGCGACUCCAGAGGACUUUGUUACUCUGGUGUAAUUCUUGUAUUAAUCUUUAUAUGCCUUUAUAUUUCAAUGAAUUCAUUCUGCUAAUUUUCUCACUUUCAACUCUCCUGAGUGUGGCAAAUGUAGAUUCAUGUAUAUAAGUCACUUUUGAAUGAAGUUAGUGAUGAAGUGAUGAUAUGUAUUGGUGAAGGAACCAUACGUAUUGUUAAUUGUGAUCCUGGUUUAGAAAAAUUAUAUGGUAUCCUAUAUUUGUAAACUGGCUCAUUGUAAAGUUUUUCAAUUCAUUACAAAGUCUUGUUGGGAGAUACCUUUGCAUUAAUUCUAUCAAGAAUGGAUGUAGCCUUAGAUAAAUUUGCAGAGUCAAAUACUGAAUCUGUGAUUCUUUAAGGUGUUGCUUUCUCAAACUGGUCCCUUUGCACAGCUUAUGGGGAUUUAAGAAUUAAGAGAUUAUGCUAUAAGUGAUAUAAUCAAAUUUCAUUCAAAUUUGUAAAGAAAAAAGUUAGAAAAAACAAACUAUCAAUAAAAAUAGCUGGAUUUUAUUGAUGGACUGGAUUUUACUGAUGGAAAACAUUGCUUGUAUAUAAAGCUAAUCAUUAUUUUGUCUACUGAAGAUCCUACAUGAUUUUUUUAAGUCAAAUUCUUGAUAACUAUUAGACUGAUUUGUGAAAUCAAAAUGUAUUUUCAUCACCCAAUAUAGUUCCUGAACUCCAGUCAGGUUGGUUAUUGUUUGGAUACAAUCUGAACAGUGGUGCAGUUAAACUAUAUCAUAUUUCCAUGGAUUUUCAAAUCCCUCUGGUAUGCGGCUAAAUUACUUCAAAAAAUAACAAUUAUUUUCAAUGAAAUGUAUAGAACUAGGAAGCUCAUUUUUAUGUUCUAACUCCUAUAAAGAAUUUCAUUGGUCUUGUGUCAGUGGUUUUGAAUACAUUAAACAAAUAUGAAUUAAACAAAUCCGGCUUUGAGAAAGUAUAGUGGAAUCAUUUAUCUGAGGUUGGUCCGACAAUUACUAUUUUUCCCGGAAAUAAAGUAGUUUGCCAGUCCAGCCAACUAUGCUUUUGAAGGAAACUCUUGAUAUGUUUGUUUUAUAUCCUACUUCAGAAUUUAGAACCAAAAUCUAUGUGUGAAGCUUGCAGAGUCCGGUUAUUUGCGUUGAAUGACCCACUUCUCCUUAAGUGGAAUGGUGAUUAGUGCCUGCGCUGAUGCAUCAUGGGACUUGAACGGGAGAGACAGCUCACUGCUGGUGCUCCUGAGAGUUUUAGUUUGAAAUAAUGACGUCAGAAUAUUGGUAAACCGAAAAAUAUAUCGAGGUCUGACGUCACGCAACAUCAUAUUUAGAAUGUAUUUGGUCACAUGAUACUAUUUGAACCAAUCACUAUACAGGAUGUAAUCUAUGUAGGAUAAAUAGUAUAUUAUGUAACAGUGGUUCUUUUCAGCCCAUUCCAAGUUUGCAUGCCUGUAGCACUGCUGUGUGUUCUGCACUUUCUAGCAUGUCAACCCCCUUUAAACAUUAUGACCAUGGAAUUCCCUGAUCUGACCAGGGAAAUCUCCUUGAUCUUACCAGGCUCAUCAAAUCACAACCAUGAGCAUGAUCAGAAAGGCAAAAACAAUAUUUGACAGUUCAUUUCAUAUUUGACAUAAUGAUUAAGACAAACGGUGGGUGUUUCAUGAAAGUUGUGGGCACUGAUUGAAUUGUUAGUACUGACAAUUUCAGUGAAAUCCUUGGUUUGAUUGGCUGAAAGGCACUGGCCUCUGGCUGUUACUAUGGUAACUGUCGGAGAAAUACAACUUAUCAGUGCUGACGAAAUUCACGAAACGGUUCCCAGGACUUGUCUGUUUCAUGCCUAAUACUGCAUUUUUGUUUUCAUUACUUUUUUUAGUUAAUAAAACCCCCAUUCCACAGAGAGCAAGACCUCUGAAAGACU